CGGCAGAAUAAUCGGGCUGUUUGCACUGAUGGAGGUUACGGGGGCGGUAAUCGAGUUGUAUCAAAUGUGCCGCGCCGCGGCGUCCAAGCCGGCGGAGAGCGAACAUGACAGCGGGCUCAUCCACGUGGAAGAUCUCAAGAAGAUCCUGCUGCAACAGUUCCAGGACCAGACUCCCGACAAAAAGGCUGCCCUCGAGGCCUUCUUGGUGCGCAGGAAGUUCGGUCUGUCGGAGGAGAUGGACUUCCUCCGGUACUGGAAAGACAUGGAGACGCUGCUCGAGAGCAUCGGCAUACCGCUGGAGGAAGACGACACACAGCACAGCGGCGGCGAUCGGGCCGAGGAAGACAAUCUCACUGCAAUGCGACGGUUUCGAGACGGCAUCCUGAAGCUGAAGGUCUCUGCUCAUGGGCAGCUCCCUUUGUGCACGAUCCGCGCUGUGCUGAUGGAUGUGAGGGAUGCCGCCAAGGACCCCUUCUACUGGGACGAGGUCAUGAACGAGCUGCCGGAUGACGACUCGUAUCUCUCUGUCAAGGAGGUCGGGGACGCUCUCUUCCAGUGGAUGCUCGAGUACUGGGAGAAACGUACGUACGCAUGUCUUCCGCAUGAGAACCGAUUCCCUACGCAUCACCUUCUCCCCCUGUGCUUCAGAUGCCGAUUCCACUGCUGAAGGCAGCCGCCGAGCCACCCAUGAAUCUGACAGGCUGCCUGGUGAAGAGCCGCAGCCCAGUCAGCUCCUUAACCGCCCAUCUGGAGCCAGGGCAUCCGAAGUGUCAUCGAUCGCUUCAUCGUCGCGCGCCGCUUCGAGGCGACAUCGAAGACGGAGCAGCAGUGCUGUGUCGCUGACGUCGAAGGUAAGUACGGGCAUCGAUCGUCUGGUGACGGGACACUCAUUUGGUGUCUCUGUCUUGGUGUCUCUCACCAGCCUGACAUAGGUUCCUCCCGUGCUGGCGUGUAUGAGAGCCAGGCGACGCCCACAGGUAGACAAACCUAGACAGCACGGAUCACCUGGUCUGCUCCUGAGGGUCCUGCUUUUCGUUUUAGGAUCGCUGGAUGCUCUGAAGGAAGAGCUGGAGAGACUGCAGAGGCACCUGGCCAAGACGUCAGCUGUGAUAUACGAAAAAGGCGGAACAGGAAACGUCCAGCGCCUGUUCGUGGUGUUGGUGUAUGAUUCUCUUCCAGAGAUCGCAAGGACGGUCGAGUGUGGAAGCUGCUGUCGUCGAUCCUCGCUCACCUGGCGACCGUCGAACCCCAUCUGUCAAGCUACCACGAGGCGAGAAAGGGACAAAGAUGCUGAGUCUUUUUUCUUUGGUUCCUGUCUGCAGGAUCUUCGCAAUGCCCGUCAGAAGCUCGGCCGCAUGGCGGUACAUUGCACUAACACGAAAGCCACGUCUGUCGCUCAUGGGAGACACGGUCUCUCCAUUGUAAUUUGCUGCAGGAGAUCACAGCAGAUUUGCAGAGGCGACUGAGGGAGGUACGCAUUCGCUACACUACAAGCUGACCACGCGCGCAUGAUAAAUGCCUUGUCUCUCGCAAAACGAGCGGCUGUGCAGCGACCAGCAGCAGGAGCUCGAUCGGCUCUUCAACCAGGCGAGAGAGACACGAAAGCAAGCAGACGCUCAAGAGGAGUUUUUCUUCCUUUGUUCAUCGGACAGAAUGAGUCAAGGCGUCGAGAUGACGACGAACGCCUGGAGGAACUGCAGGUCAUGCUGUCACUACAGCCCUCCUCAGCUGUCUUUCUGCAUGGCCACCUGUCCGUCCUUUGCAGAAAACGCGAGACGAGCUGAGGGCCUCGACACAUCGAGCCACUGUCAUGAGUGAGUCCCUGGAGUGCUUCAAGGCCGAAAGGGAGGAACUGCACCGGGAAUGCGAAAGACUCGUGAGUCACAACCGCUCUGCCGUCACAGGCCUCACCUGACUGUGCUGUGUGGCGUUUGGUGUGUGCAGCGUCGCCAUAUUGCCCAGUCGUUCAGCGCGUGCCUCCAAGCAGACCUGCAGCACCAACAGGCAGAAACCAUACAGGAACUACAAACUGGUACACGGGCAGGGCCGACCAAAGUGUAGUGCAAGAACCCUCAUGUGCCUGUGGCCGCUGCGUCUCCAGAGCUGACUUCGUUGCGUGAGGCCAUGUGCAAGGCCGAGGAAGACAGAAAUGUCCUGCAAGGUACAGGCGGGAAGAAGAAUUGUUUCCUACAAUUUGUCUCUCUGCUUCUUGAAGAGUCUCUGCGUUCCUACGCCGCCUUUGCCAUUGAAAAUGAUGAAGUACCAAUUGUCGUCUGACAAAUCGCCCAAAGUGAGCGGGGAAAUGUGUGUGUCGGGUGAUCAGGUGGCCACAAACCUCGAUCGCGCUUCUCAGGAGGUAUGCAAAUUGUAUUUGAGAGAGACUGCGUCAGGGCCAGCUUACCACAAACUCCUCCUUCUGGAUGAAGCAGCCAAAGUGCAGCAUUGAGCACGCCUCUGCAAUGCAGCAGAGGAUCGCCGUGCUGGAACAACACCUCCAGGUGGCACUCAUGGGUGACGAGAUCAAAGACUCUCAUCAGGCUAUCUCACGCUUUGUGCGCUGCAUUCAAUCGUGCAGGCUAUGGCCAAGAAUCUCAGCGAAAAAGAGGUAUCUUUCGAGAUGCUUUUGAAGUCGUUGUCUCCCGCAAUGCUACUGACCAGGAUCAGCUGAGAAGAGCGACUGAUGGCGAGAGCGAGAGACUCAAAGAGGUGCGAACUUCAGACUGCUGUGCUCGACCCAUGCUGAGCAUCCUCUCUUACAUGCAGGUCGAGUUGCUGACUCAGAAGGUCCGCCAGGCCGAGCAGCUGCUGGAACAGACAAGGGCCACAAGAGACCAGCUCAUUCAAGCAGGUAAACGCCAAUUCAUUCUUGAACAGACACUCUCGGGUUGUCUCUCUAUGCAGUCCAAACGAUGGGGAUAAAUCUGCACGCAUCUAAGCAACGCAAUGUUGACGGUAGGUGCAUACGACAGGAAGGAACACGAGCUGCUGUCUUGGCUUGCACACCCAUCGCCCUCUGUCAUCCAGGCAAUCGUGGCGUGAAGGGUCUGCAGACGUAUGUCAAGGUUCUGCACAAGAACAUCAGCCAGCUCGAGACAGACAUACACCAGCUGUACGGAGGACAGCACAAAGGACAUGUGCCAUGUCUCUGAAUUUUCCUGUGUAUUUUCGUUGUUUCAGGCGCGCUCACUGGCAAUCAGCAGAGGCGCCAGACAUUACCAUGGUGAGGAAUGACUAUUGUGUUGGACAUCUUUUCUCCCUUUACCCAUUUGCCCAGCCCGAGCCCAUCUCGUCGAGCCUCCAGGACCAGAUCCUGCGAGCCAUCGGUACGCACAGGAACGACAACAGCGUGGACACUGUGCACCAUGGCUGGUUGCUUCAGGCGAUCCUGCCGACAGGUCUCAGAUGGAGGAGCUGCAACGGGCAGUGCAGGAGAAAGAUGACCACAUACAGGCAUGCACUCGCUACGAAGAAGCCAAGAUCCCCAUGGAUGCAUGUCUCUGUCCGUGUGCUGCAGACCUUACGGCAGCAAAUCACGAGCAAUGAGGAAACGCUAGGUGCCCCACACGGAUCGACAGCCACCUUUCAUACAUCCUGUGUCUUUUUGUGGACCAGCUCUUCUGCAACGCCAGCAGGAGGAUCGCGAAGGCCGCUUGGAGAAGCUUAAAAUUAUGAUACAACAACGAGACGAAGAGAUACAGGUACUUCACAUCUCACGGGCAGCAGUCGCAGCAGUCUCAACACAUAUCGUCGUCUGUGUGUGCAGCAACUGAAGGCGCGGACUGAGGCUGAGAGUGAGGAAAAGGUGCUGGUGCGUCGGUUGAGGGACGAGGUGCGGGUGCUGCAGAGCGAGAAGGAGGCACUCGAGCAGGAAAACGACCGCAAGGCAUGUGACGAUUGCAGCUUUCUCGUCAGCCACAGAAUUGGGAAUGCACGACUUUGUGAAUGUACAGGGUUGCGUGUCUGAGAGUGUGUUCAAGAUAGAGGAGAGAAAGCUCAUUAAGCGGAUACAGCAGCUGGAGAAAGAUCUGACCGUGGGGCAUAUAAGCCAUUCAAAAAGACGUGCGCAGAAACAACUCAGGAUGUUCCCUCCAUUCCGACAGACGAAAGAGGCGAUGCUCAAGAGGCUUCGUCAGCAGGUGGGUAUCCAGGUCACAUUCCCGAAGCGACAACUUGCAAAUGCCCCAGAGUCUUUUUCUCUCCGGUGGUCUGCUCAGCUUGAAGAGAAGAGCUCCAAGGUCCGCCGACUGCAGCAAGAGAUAGACGAAGUAAGUUAAAACAAUCAGGCACCCACACCCUCCUGAGCAGACCAUGCAUCGCUCCCUCCUUAUCCAGGCCCGGAGAUCCGAGCAGCCAGAAGGUGAGCAAACAUCGAGACGCAAGCUAAUGAUUUUCAUCUGAGAUGAUUCUCCACUGUACGACUGCGUUUGGCAGGCACUGUGGAGACAUGGCAGAAGAACUCUUCCCGGCUUCCGUAAGCCUGCCAUCAUCUCCCGCCAGUACGUUGCAUCCAUCCCUCCCUCCCUCUGUCUGUGUGCAAAAGCCCUCUGCGCGGCUGGUCAGAGGACUCAGACUUCGAUUCCUUCAACAGACGAAAACGUACAUACACAACUUACGACGUGCAUUCCAGACACCCUCACGCAGACAACCACCCUGAUUGUCAGGCGUGCCAUUCCUCUCCGAUGACCCGCCAAAGGCUGGCGGCGAUGGGACGCCACAUGGCAAGUCGAGGAGGCGCGCGCAAGGACACCGAAGCAGGGGAAAUACCCUGAUCAGAGGUGAGGGAAAGAAAGGGGAUACGCGAGUGACCCAGCGCCUCGCAUUUCUUCCAGAGCGGCGCAAACGGCUCCACAAUCGUCUGGCUGACAGCGACGGUGAGAGGUAGUGAAUCAUCCACAUUUUGGAUAGAUACGGACUACUCUGCCAUGUCUGCAGGUAAUCGCGCCCAUCGACAUCGCUCUGAUGCGAAGGAAGGUGAGGAGGCAGCCCAAUAUAAAACAACGUAUCGUGACCUGCCGUGUCUCCUUUCUUGCAUCAGACAAAGCAUUGCUCAGCAUCUUCUGGUGGCCGUGUGGUGAGCGCGGCAACACAAGGCACGGAACACACACACUCAUAUGCAUUCACCCCCUUCCUUUCAGCCUCAUUCGGUAAGCCGACCACACCUGUGACGACAGGCCGGCCACCAGAGCGUCGGUCGUCCAGUGGAGGGCGCGUUCGGCUUCACUCAGCGUCGCUGUCGAAACGCUUCAAUGCCCAGCUCCAGAGAAGGCCGCAGGUGACGGUGAAUGAUCAUUGAAAAAGUGAGGCAUUGAUAGGAAGUGAUAGUGCAGCAGAGCUGUAGGUUGUCGGUGAGCUGAUGAGGAU